AUGCUCCGUCGGCAGGCUCGCGAGCGCCGAGACUAUAUUUACCGUCGCGCAAUUCAGCUGCGAGAUGCCAGCAUUGCAGAGAAGCGGGCGCUGCUGAAAAAGUCGCUUGCUACUGGGAAACCACUUGACCCGUCCCUUGCUAAUGACAAUUCUCUACGCAAGGAUUUCAAAUACGAUGAAUCUCUGGAUCCCGAGAGUGCUGCAGCACAAGAGUCCAUGGACGAUGAGUACUCGAUGCUGUCUGGUCUCUCCGACCCUCGUCCACUUGUCACCACCUCCCGUAGCCCUUCGACACGCCUCUCGACCUUUUCCAAAGAAAUUCGCCUGCUCCUGCCCACCUCCAUCCGCUUGAAUCGAGGCAACUUGAUUCUCCCCAAUCUUCUUGCCAGCGCAAAGGCCGCCGCCCUCACCGACAUUAUCCUGCUCCACGAGCAUCGAGGCACUCCUACUGCCAUGACCAUUUCCCACCUGCCACAUGGUCCAACCGCUUCUUUCUCUCUACACAAUGUCGUUCUUCGGACAGACAUUCCCGAUGCGUCGAGAGGGACGGUAUCCGAGUCCUAUCCUCAUUUGAUCUUCGAGGGGUUUACGACAAGGCUGGGGAAACGGGUGGUCCAGAUCCUCAAGCACAUCUUCCCUCCACGGGAUGGCCCACAUAAAGUUGGCAACAGAGUAGUGACUUUCAAGAACGUCGAGGACAGUAUCGAGGUGCGGCAUCAUGUCUUUGUGCAGACUGGCUACAGGGACGUCGAGUUGGCCGAAGUCGGGCCCAGGAUGACCAUGAGAUGUUUCGAGAUACGAGGUGGUACUCUGGAGAAGGAUUCUGGUGGCGAAGUUGAAUGGGCUUUGACCCAAUACACAAGAACUAGCCGCAAGAAGGACUACCUAUGA